AUGGAGUCACAGCGUGUUUGUGCACGGUUUCAGCUCACUGGAGUCCUGGAUGACUGCUUCUGUGAUGUCGAAAGCAUCGACGUCUUCAACAACUUCAAGAUUUACCCUCGCAUGAAGAAGCUGACUGAGAGAGACUACUUUAGAUACUACAGGGUGAAUCUGAAGCGACCGUGUCCUUUCUGGCCCGACGAUGGACACUGCUCCAUCAAAGACUGCCAUGUGGAGCCCUGCCCUGAGAGUCAGGUCCCAGUUGGCAUUAAAUCUGGAAACUACAACAAGUUUUCCCAGGCGUCCAGUUCAGUGUCUGACGUGUCUGAGUGUGAACAGGCCAAAGAGCUGGGGGCCAUCAACAGCACCCUGAGUAACCGGAGUAAAGUGGCGUUCGCUGACUGGGCGAGACACGAUGACGCUCAAGAUCACUUCUGUGAGCUGGACGACGAGACCUCUCCAGAUGCUGAGUAUGUGGACUUGCUGCUGAAUCCAGAGCGAUUCACUGGAUAUAAGGGUCCUUCUGCCUGGAGAGUGUGGAACAGCAUCUAUGAGGAAAACUGCUUCAAGCCCAGAUCGGUGUACCGACCUCUGAACCCUCUGGCUCCGAGCCGAGGAGAUGAUGAUGGCGAGGGCUUCUACAAGUGGCUCGAAGGUUUGUGUUUGGAGAAAAGAGUUUUCUACCGACUCAUUUCAGGCCUGCACAGCAGCAUCAACAUCCACCUGUGUGCCGAGUACCUGCUGGACGAGGGCUGGAGCCACACGGUGUGGGGUCCAAACAUCCACGAGUUCCGUCAGCGCUUCGACACAGCCGAGACGAAGGGCGAGGGCACCCGUCGGCUGAAGAACCUCUACUUCUUGUAUCUGAUCGAACUGCGAGCUCUCUACAAGGUGGCUCCGUACUUCGAGCGAGCCAUCGUCAGCCUGUACACCGGAAACUCCCCGGAGGACGGAGAGACCAAGGACCUGCUGCUGCAGAUCUUCAACGAAAUCAAAGCUUUCCCGAUGCACUUUGAUGAGAAGUCCAUGUUUGCUGGACAUAAAUUGGAGGCGAAAACCUUAAAGGAGGAAUUCCGGCUGCAUUUUAAAAACAUCUCUCGGAUCAUGGACUGUGUCGGCUGCAGUAAGUGUCGGUUGUCCACCAGCAUCUAUCAGCUCCAUAACUUCCGCCAGAUGCUGCAGGAGCAGAGGUAGCAGCAGCUUCACGAGGCCGACGGGCAGCUCUUCUGGACACCAGGCCCGCUCCCCACCCCCAUCUUGAUCCCAAUCGCCUGGAUGUGUUUGUUCUUGCUCCUUCUGGUGAACGAUGAAUAUAAAUGUGCUGCCGUUCAUCGCCUUCACCAGAUGAUUCUGAAAACUUCACCCGACAGCGUCUUUAUUCUGCUGCCCGGCUCUUCUCCCCGACCCGUUCUGGGCUCCUCUGAGCAGCUGGUUCUGAUAGUCUGUGGUCGACGAGCUGCAGGAGGUGAAGACGUGGAACAUGAACUGGACUGAGCCUCGCUACCCUCACACCAAGGUUCUCGUACGGAUCGGAUGUUCUUGAACUUGGACCGCCCACGUUCAGCUGCCUACUUUAUUUAUUCUUUGUUCCUCUCGUGUGGACUCUGAGGAUUCUGGACCAGUUUGUGUCUCUGCAGGAAUCAGUGUUUGUGUGUGCGCACGUGACGUGGCUCAUGUUUGUGGACAGGUUUUGCACUAACAGGCUGUUACUCACUGUCUGAGGUCCAGAGUCCAGAAACGGGCGGAGCUGAUCCACGGUGACCUCACAGAGUCUCAGUCCUGGUUUCAGACUCAUCAUCUUCUGGUUUCAUCACUAACUCGGCUUCAAGGAUAAAUAUUACAAGUUUUAUUUUUAAUUUCUCAGAUCCGACAGGCCCACAUCGUCUGUUCAGCAGGAGGUUCUAGUCCACAUGACGGUUCCAACAGAACCUUCUGAAAAUGGUACCGUGACGUUAACCGGUGCUAAAACGUGACAUCAUAAACAGGAAACACCGAACAGACGAUGUAAACGUGAGGCGUUCAGGGCCCGGCGGACCUUUGGUCUGCAGGAGCUUCACGUUGGAGAUCUUUGAUCACAUCAAGUCGUCCCUGAACUUACGGCAUUCUUCACCUUUUAAUGUUUUAAUUCUUGAGCGUGAUCUUUGUUCUGAGCGCUGAGCUUUUCAUGAUGGAAACAAACGUUGCAGCCAGAAAACUUGAGAGAGCAGCUGUUACGACUUCAGUUUCCCUUCACGUCCUGGAGCCGCCUUAAAGUAGGAAAAUGUAACGAUUCAGACGUCCCAGUCUGUUGUAGGAACCCAUGCAGCGUUUAGCCUGCGUGCGUGCGUGCGCGCGUGCGUGCGUGAUGAUCAAAGUGAAUCAAUGAGCCACGUUUCAUUAAUUGUUCUGUUUAAAACGUUGUGUCUCGUGCAGCUUUAAAAUAAAACGUGCACAUUACACAUGGAGACGAGCAGCUCCGU